AUGUCCUUGCACAGGCAUCAGUCGUCUCUUGAGGAUGCUCUGAAUUUCUCAGAACUAUUUCUCCUAACGCCCCAGCAACAUCAGACGGCGAGGAGUCUACUUAAUGCGCUUACUGAACACUAUGGCCCAGAGCAAACUUCACAGAAGGGUUAUUUGCCCGCAACACUUAUCCGCAGCACAUUCAACUACGUUGCAUCAAAAGAUUCAUUUCUAGCCUUUUUCUUUACUUAUCUCUAUGAGUGCCUAACUAAUGUCAACUCUGAUAUUGCUCUAGCCGUGUCUUAUUUCAAUGAUUUUGCCUCAUGGGAUGCAGUUAUGCAAGGCAAAGUUAUGGGUGCUGUGGAAGAAUUCGCAGACUUUAUGGUCACUCAAUUCUUUCUACCACUCAGAGCUUCAUCUGUAAAGACGCCGCAACCAACACCUACGUCAUUGUCCGCGAUACAACCGUCUACGCCGACUGGAACAAAACAGCGCAUAUCUCUGCUCAGGCACGAUUGUCUCAUCCGUGAUCACCAUCGAUGCGUAGUGACUAGGAAAUUCGAUAUUGCAGAAGCCAGAAAACGUCGUGCUAAGGAUAAGAACUGUGAGGAUGAUGAUGGGAAGCGACUAGACUCUGAACCCCAUGACAACUUUGUUCAUCUGGAAGUCGCCCAUAUAAUACCACACUGUCUAAUGGCAGUUGCCCCUGGAGAUUCUGAACUGUCCGAUUCGAAGAAGAACGUGCUGCGCAUCCUGGAUAUGUUUGAUCCUGGCAUCACCCAUCUCAUUGAUGGCCCAAAGAUCGAUAGCCCUCUGAAUGCUCUCACAUUGACGCUUGAGUGCCACCGGUUGUUCGGGGAAUUUCAAAUAUACUUUGAGCCGACAGGCAAACCUUACGAAUACAGUAUUGAUUCUACAGAGAGUGGUUUUCUACGUGACCCAUUCUUCCCUGUUACUCGCACGCUGAUGCUCAGUCCCCACCGUACUAUUGACCCACCUUCUCCUCGACUUCUCGGCGUUCACCGUGCUAUUGCACAUAUUUUGAAACUCAGUGGCGCGGGUGAUUAUAUAGAGCAAAUACUCCGCAUGGAGCAAGUGGCAGUGGAAGCGGAUGGGUCAACGAAUUUGGGCGAUAUUAUGAGAUUACGAUUUGACAGCUGGCUAAGCCAAUUAGCUGUAUUCUAA